UUUUUUUUCUUGCUUGUAUUUGAGAGUUUUUGUAUUUUUUCCUCUUAACCUUUCUCUUUUUCUAAAUCCAAGCCAAAAAUGUAUCUUCUUUAUUAGGAUAUUCUACCACUGUUCUUUGUGUUUGUGAUUGUGUGUGUGAUUAUUUUGUGAUUUUUUUGAUUGAUUGAAAUGAUCUACCGAAAUUUGUUUUUAUCUAGCUAUUAGGAUUUGAUUAUUUUUAAAUUAUUUUUUUAGGAUUUUUUUUGUAGGAUCUUUUAGGACUUUUGUAAGCAAUAAUUAAUGUUUUUGGAAUGUAAUUUUUGUAUUGUUUUCUGUCUUUUAAUUAAGCUUCUUUAAAAUCGUUUUAAUAUUUUUAAAUUUUUAAUUAUAUGUAAAUUUUGUUUAAAAAUAUUACUAAUUUACGAAAAUUUAUUUUUCAAAAAAAUAUAUAUAAUUUUUUAGAAUGCUCGAGGAACCAAUUUCACCCUUAACUUUUCUUUCAAUUUCUGCCAUAAUUACUACAAUCUCUCUCUUCUUUUGUGGAAUCCCAAUAUGUAUACAAAUUUAUCGUCGAAAUAGUGCUAAAGAUAUCAGCGGAUUUCCCUUUUUAAUGGGAUUUCUUGGAGGUUCAUUUUGGCUUCGUUACGGCUUUUUAAAAUCAGACCUUACAAUGAUUACAGUAAAUGUUGUUGGUGUUACUUUAAUGAUUUUCUAUUUGAUGUUUUAUUUUUAUUAUUCCCAGCCGAAAACAAAUUUUUUAAUAGUAUUUUCAAUAAUUGUAAUAAUGCUUGGAUUAGUUGAUGUUUACAAAAUAGAAUCGUUACAGCCUCUCGGCUUUGUUUCUAUGACUUUUAAUAUUUUAAAUUUUGGUGCUCCUUUGGCUGGAUUGAAUGUUGUUUUGAGGAAUCGUAGUUGUUCAACACUUCCUUUGCCUCUUUGCAUUGCUAAUUUACUUGUUUCUUCCCAAUGGUGUUUGUAUGGAAUUUAUGUUAGGGAUAUUUAUGUUAUUAUUCCAAAUAGCGCGGGAAUUUUACUUGCUUGUGUUCAAAUUUCUCUUUUUCUUGUUUUACCGCCAAAUGAUAGGUCUCAUGCCCCACUUGCAAAAUGCUGUCCUUGUGUACUUGAUCUGGAGAAAGGGGAAAUACUCGAAAGUGAGAACAGUAGCAGACAACGACGAAGGAAAGGACAUCAAAAAAAAGCUAAAAGAAUACAUUCAAAACUACCUUGUAAAAAAUUAUUGGAACGACAUUAUAUUAUUGACAGUCGAGUUAUUCCAGCUUCUCGUGCUGCUUGUAUUGAAUAUUUCCGUGGAGGUUAUGGCCGUCCAUUCGAUGCAAGUUUUGGGUCUGUUAAUAGCCGUUCGACUGCAGAUUCCUGGCUAACUAAUUCAUUAUCUCGUGUUUCUUCAAUUUCCCAUCCUGAUUUAUUCAAUUCUGAAAUUUACAAAGAGGCUCAUAAUAAUGGGGCUAGGAACAAAAUUGUUGUUGAAGUUUUGACUAAUGAUGAAAUGCAACAACAACAACAGCAUCACAAGCGUCAUCAUUGCCAUUCAAAUUGUGGCGGUUCUUUACUUCAUUCCCGUACAUCAAUGUAUAUUUCACAAGAACAACCGAGUACUUCACAAAUCUACUCAAAUAAUCAACAACAAGAUGAGGGCUUUGCAAGUAGUUCUGCUGCUCUUUCAAUUUCUUCUCGGCCAACAAUUGGUUUUGAUACAGCAGAAUAUUCAGGAGAAAAUGGAUUGAGGAUGUUAAAUGGGGAUAAACAACUUUUAACAGAAUCAGAUCCCGGAGGGGGAAAUUAUUUGCUUUGCAGGACUUUAAGUGCUCCAGAUUUGCAACAAAUUAUGGAAAGAACGUUUAGAAGUUGA